UUCCCAAACCGCGGUUCUCUCUCCUCUGUCCUCAGAAUCCUGGCUCUGGCUUCUGGCCUAGACCAUCACCCCGGCCUCCUCCAGUCCGUUCCCCACACGUACAUCUGCCAUGUUAGUCUCCCUACCCGUGAAGUGCCUCCCUGGCUGCCUCGAAACCAAGUUUGAGGCAUCAGCAUGUCAUUUCUUGACCAACAGCUCCCGUCACGUGGUGCUAUACACACACUGUGCACCGUGGUCCCCGAGACCACCCUUGUGUUCACUGAUUAGUUAGAAGGACUCCUAAAACUCGGCAAACCUGUUAGAUUUUGCCCCUGUCACGGCAAAAGAGAGAUGAGAGUCAACAAAGGUGAAAGAUGCACAGGGCAGAGUCUGGGAGAGACCAGGUGUGAGCUCCCGCUCGUCUCCCAGUGGAGCUGACCCGACAGCACCGCACUUGGUUCUCCAGGCACCGUUGUGUGACCACACACGUGGAGCGUUGCCCUCCAGGGAUGCUCCCCUGAGCCCUGGUGCCAGGAUCUUCACACAGGCACGGAGCAUCUGUGUGACUGAUCGUCGUCACUUGGUCUCUGGCCCCUGCCGAGGGCAGGCUGGCAGGAUGCUCUGGGGGCUUGGAGGUUAUCUCCCAGGAACCAGACACGGGCCAGUCUUUUCUUUGGAUAAUACGGGCCUGCCGAGUCCACCCUUCACUGUGUGCACAGACACGCCUGCGGUUUCAGCCUCUCUCUGCCCGCGACCAGGCCCUUCUCCCCUCCCGCCUGGCCGAUCCUGGCUGAUCUCACAUCUCCCCUCCACACUCAGUUCCAGGAGAGUGCUCCCCAGAGCCCAGGCCAGCGUGAGGACCUGUCCUUGCUCGUACAACACGUGACCCGGUCCUGUCCCUGCCUGGUGCCCUGGUACUGAAGGUCACGUUUGGCCACCUCAAGGACGAGGGCCAUGGCUUAAGUAACCUCUCUGGGCCUCACUCUCCUGGCUUAGGAAAGGGACCUGCUUUCAGGAGUAAAUGAGCAAUAAUACAUCUAAAGUGCAAAGCGUGGGGCCGAGUCGGUGUGUGUUUGCCACUGCGAGUAGCUCCUGGCUCCUGUAGAAUCAGAAACACGUGAGGCAUUUAAUAAAUGGUGAACCAUGAAGCCACAAAAGCCCCCCACGGAAAAUUGUUUUUCUUUUAGUUUUUUAACAGCUACAGAGACCUUUUUAUAAAUGCUCUUGUGGAAAAAUUUAGCUGCAGCUUAUUCAUAGAAGUUCUGUGGGGCUGAGGUCUUGAGAACUGAGACGUGUAGGUGGUAGCUGUUCGGAGGCUGUUGGCCGCCAGUAACCCGAACGGACCUGGCUUGAUGCGGCACUUGAGUGGGGAGCUGGGCUCUCAUGAAGAAGGGGUCCAGUGCAGGGCGCCGGCGGCCCUGGGGGCUCAGGCGUUGCUGUGGCGGGAGAGAAGGGACCUUUCCCGGAACCCCCGGAAGAGCUUUAUAAAAAUGCCACGGCCGGGGCGCCGCCCCCAAGAACCUGCCCCCAGAAGUGCUGAUGGGCAGCCAGCCAAGGUCCCCAGGCUUAGACCAGGCAGCCCCGAGGUCCUCUCCUUAGAGGCGCGUGUCUAUGCGGAACAGGAGAACGGAAUGGCAGGCUCUGCCAGGAAGGCAGAGGGUGCAGUGGACGUUGGAGAGGGGCAGCCGCCACAGGUUUCCUCAGACCCGGGCCACAAGAGGAUCCCUGGAGACCCUUGCAGAAGUAAAACUGGUUGCAGACACCGAGGGAUUUGCUCUGGAAGUCAGAGUAGCCGCUGCCGCCGAAUCUGGAGCCAUGAGCUUUAAUUUUGGAGGCACUGGGGCCCCCACAGGCGGGUUCACGUUUGGCACCGCAAAGACGGCAACAACCACGCCUGCUACCGGCUUCUCUUUCUCUACGUCUGGCACUGGCGGGUUUAACUUUGGGACUCCCUCCCAGCCAGCUGCAAGCACCCCUUCUACUGGCCUGUUCUCGCUCACCACCCAAGCUCCAGCGACACAGACCCCAGGGUUCAGUUUUGGAACCACAACUCCUGCUACGGGAGGAACGGGAUUCUCCUUAGGGAUCAGCGCUCCGAAGCUAAACCUGAGCAAUGCAGCCGCCACCCCAGCCACUGCGCACCCUGGCGGCUUUGGGCUCGGCGGCAGCACCCUCACCAACGCCAUCUCGAGCACUGUCACCUCCAGCCAGAGCACAGCACCCGCUGGCUUUGUGUUCGGCUCCACCACCACCUCUGCCGCUCCGUCCACCACACCGGGGGGAUUCUCGUUCACAGGCGGAAGCACGUCCCAGAGCGGGACCUCCGGUUUCAAUAUUGGCUCCAUGGGGAGUUUGGCCCAGCCCACGGCACUGGGCGGACUGCCCUUCACUCCCGCCACGCCGGCAACCACUGGAGCAGGAGCCACUCAGCCAGCUGCUCCUGCACCCGCCGCGGCCACCACCAGUGCCGGGCCCACGCUGUUCGCCUCGCUAGCGACCGCUCCAGCCUCCUCCACCACCACCGGGCUUUCCCUUUGUACCCCGUCGACCACAGCUGCGGCACCCGGGGCCGGGACGCUGGGCUUCAGCUUAAAGGCCCCCGGGGCGGCUUCUACCUCCUCCACGACAACAUCCACUGCCACUGCCACCACUGCCACAGCCACCACCACGGCGGCCACCACCACCGCCGGCUUUGCCUUGAAUCUGAAGCCACUGGCACCGGCCGGGAUCGCCAGCAACGCACCGGCUGCCGCGACCGUGCCUCCUGGCUCCGGUGCACCCACGGGGGCGUCCGCCAGUCCCGUGAUGACCUACGCCCAGCUGGAGAGUCUGAUCAACAAGUGGAGCCUGGAGCUGGAGGACCAGGAGCGGCACUUUUUGCAGCAGGCCACACAGGUCAACGCCUGGGACCGCACGCUGAUCGAGAAUGGGGAGAAGAUCACUACCCUCCACCGCGAGGUGGAGAAAGUGAAGCUGGACCAGAAGAGGCUGGACCAAGAGCUCGACUUCAUCCUGUCUCAGCAGAAGGAGCUGGAAGACCUGCUGAGCCCGCUGGAGGAGUCGGUCAAGGAGCAGAGCGGGACCGUCUACCUGCAGCACGCCGACGAGGAGCGCGAGAAAACCUACAAGCUCGCCGAGAACAUCGACGCGCAGCUGAAGCGCAUGGCCCAAGACCUCAAGGACAUCAUCGAGCACCUGAACACGUCUGGAGGUCCCGCCGACACCAGCGACCCCCUGCAGCAGAUCUGCAAGAUCCUCAACGCGCACAUGGACUCGCUGCAGUGGAUCGACCAGAACUCGGCCCUGCUGCAGAGGAAGGUGGAGGAGGUGACCAAGGUGUGCGAGGGGCGUCGCAAAGAGCAGGAGCGCAGCUUCCGGAUCACGUUCGACUGAGCUGCCGGCCGUCUUCAGGGCCGUGGGUUCCGAGGGUGUUGGGGGCAGUGGGCGCCGCGUAAUUAUUGUCUGGUUUUUGGUUGCAGUGAAUACUUGUUUGCUCCUUUCUUCCAAACGACUGUGCUGUUGAGAACAGUUCUGUGGUCUGGCAUUUUGCAUUAGUAAAAAGAGAAAUAUUCCAAGCACUCUGGCCCUGACAGCAGCCUAGUGGGUGUGGUUUCUUUUGUGUAUCUUUUGCGUAUCCCAGACCCCAUCACCUACAACAGCCACCCUCCCCAUCCUUCUUGGCUCCAGCCAGGUGCUGGAGAAGUGCUGAUUUGCACAAACACCAUCCGUCUCCCAGCCAGGGUCCGCUAAGCGGCCACUUGUCCAACACAUAGUCGUAGGUGCAGUGAAAAGUCUCCGUCUUCGAGGAGACAGCAUCCUCGUAUGAGGUGUGUGCGUGUGGAAAUUCACCACCAGUGCAAAGAAGGGACUUGUGAAUAGAACCGACCGUUGGAUGUAGAAUUUCAAAGGAGGAAGGACAGGUCAGAUGAGGGACUUAAAUGAGGUGUUGAGAAAAGGGUCAGACUCGAACCGGGAGGUCUUCACUUUGCCUGGCUGACAUGCCUCCUGAUUGUCCAGGUCUCCUUAUCUUAGGCCUCACCUCCUCCAGGAAGCCCUCUCGGCCACCCCAAAAGCUGGGUCAGAUGGCUGUCCUGUGGUCCCUGCACCACACUGAGCUCACACCUUUGAUAACACUCGCCACACGAUCUUAGGCCAACCGGUUACGUCACUGCCUCACCAUAAGAGUGUGAGCCCCUGCGGGCAAGGAGCGUUCCUUAUUCCCUUUUGUGACCUCAGCACCAUCCCUCACAUUUGCGAAUGAAUGAACAACAGAGAUGAAAAAACAGCAUAAAAUGUUCAUCCACAAAAUGGCUUGCUGAAAUGGCCACGGGUGCCAGAGGCGGCCACAGACUUGGUUCUGAACUUGACCAACGCUAAAGCAAACCUAGUUAGUUACAGUGAGAUCCAGUGUCCAGAAGAACAGAAGGCAGCCAGUUGUAUCCCAAGUGUCUUUUGUAUUUGUCUUUACAGUUCGCUGCACUGUCUGAAAUACCUGUGACUGUAUGUUGCUUUCCUAAAUAAAAUUUAUUGUGGAACAAAAAA